AUGCCUAGAUAUCCAUGGACAGAUGGUCCUGAGUAUAUCACACAAUGCCCAAUUCAACCAGGGUCAAAGUUUAGCCAAAAGAUCAUCCUUUCCUUUGAGGAAGGCACUUUAUGGUGGCAUGCUCAUAGUGAUUGGACCCGAAACACCGUUCAUGGAGCUAUAAUCAUCUAUCCCAAGAAUGGAACCAAGUAUCCUUUUCCCAAACCUAAUGCAGAAAUUCCCAUCAUAUUAGAUGAAGCGCUUGCAACUGGAGCUGACCCCAAUGCCUCUGAUUCUUUAUUGAUAAAUGGACAACCUGGUGAUCUAUUUCCAUGCUCAAAAACAGGCACAUUCAAGCUAACGGUGGAUCAUGGAAAGACCUAUCUACUUCGCAUAAUCAAUGCUGCCUUGCACGAGGCUCUCUUCUUCUCCAUUGCCAAGCAUAAAAUGACAGUGGUUGGAACAGAUGGUAGCUACACAAAACCAUUGACACGAGAUUAUAUCACAAUAUAUCCUGGCCAAACCUACGAUGUCUUACUAGAAGCUAACCAACACCCGGAUCACUAUUACAUGGCAGCUAAAACUUAUUCCAUUGCCCCGGCAGCUCGUAAUUUUUUUGACAACACAACCACCACAGCUAUUGUACAGUACAGGGGAUACUACACUCCAUCUUCACCUCUCUCCUUGCCUUAUUUGCCUACAUACAAUGACACAAAUGCAUCGGUUCAGGUCAUGGCCGGCCUCCGAAGCUUAGCAGAUGCGGAACAUCCUUGCAAUGUCCCAUUGAGCCCGAGCACUAAACUGAUUUACACUGUUGGUAUGAACUCGUACCUAUGUCCCAAUAAUUCAUGUGCAGGGCCCAAUGGGACGCGGUUCUCCGCAAGUAUAAACAACAUAAGCUUCCAAUUCCCUACAAUUGACAUACUGCAAGCUUACUAUUAUAACAUUAGUGGUGUAUAUGGAGAUAAACUUCCUAGUGUUCCAGAACUGGUGUUCGAUUUUACCACUGAUAUUAUUCCCUUAGAGUAUCAGACACCGAAAAACGGAACAGAAGUAAGGGUGCUUGAGUAUAACUCCACAGUGGAGAUUGUUUUUCAAGGGACAAACUUGAUUGCAGGGACACACCACCCCAUGCAUCUCCAUGGAUACAGUUUCUAUGUUGUUGGAUGGGGAUUUGGGAAUUUCGAUAAAGAUAAGGACCCAUUGCACUACAAUCUGGUGGAUCCUCCCCUUCAGAGUACCAUCUCCAUUCCUACGAAAGGUUGGGCUGCAAUCAGAUUCGAGGCAUCCAACCCUGGAGUGUGGUUCAUGCACUGCCAUGUAGAACGCCAUCAGACUUGGGGCAUGGACACUGCGUUCAUAGUGAAAAAUGGUAAACACCCAGAAGCUCAAGUGUUGCCUCCGCCAUCUGACAUGCCACCAUGUUGAAGCUACAAAGAAUUAACAUGCCAAAGAUUUCAUUGAAUGUUUGCAUUAUUCAGCUCUU